GUUCCAUGGUGGGGUAGCUGAGCUUUGGGUUUGCCAGAGUAGGUUUCUGUUGUGUGAAUGAAAAUGUGACUUGAAAUAAGUGCUUAUUUAACAGCAAUGUCCUCUCAUUGUGAGAAGUCGAUGUGUCCUUGUACAGUGGAGCACAAGCUAUCUGAAGAGAGGCUGCUGUGUCAAACUGUCACAUUUGGUGGCUCAUCUAGGAUGUGGGCCUGGGAUCUCUAACAUCUUUGAUUAAUAAUUUUAAGGAAGGUUUCUGUCCAGGAGCUCAGCUGUCAGGGAUUGGAAAGGUGAUGGGCAGCUGGCUCCCCUCAGGUGGUGAUCUAGACUGACUGCCUGUCCCAGGUCAGAAAUAGCUGGAUCUUUUUUUUGUGAAAGACGAAGGUGCAAAACUACUGAGCUAGAUCAUACAGGUCUUAUUUUUGUGUCUCUUGCAUUACAAAAAAAAAAACUGGAAUUUACUUUUAAUAUGAAAGGGGUGAACAACUUUUGCCGCAGAGCUUUGGAAACCAACCUGGUUUGCAUCCUCCGUUCACUUAUCCUCAGACCUCUCCCAGUUCAGGAGUCCUAUUCAAAGAACAAAAACGAAUCAAAUGUAGAAAGUGUGUUAUUAACAUCCUUGGGGAAGCCAGCAGUUUUACAAGAGUAAGUGAUGCCAAAAUUAAGCGGCUUGAGCUGUACUACAUGUGCUUUAUUUUGGGGAGUCUCUACUGGUCAAUCAAAGCAAAAACUGAACUGCUUCUUCCCUGAAGCUUUCACCCUGCUGAGCCGGAACACAUGAGUGCUGGAUGCAGUGUGUUAAUGACUGUGAAGCUGUGCAUGCCCUUUGGGUGAAGUGUACAUGUAUUAUUGAUUGUGCACCGAGAUGCCACAUCAAAUACCUUGUAUAUUCAGCGUACUUGGCAAAUAAAGUAAUUCUGAUUCUUUGAGCAGGAGAUCCUGUGGCUGAGGAGUCUGGGUAGCUCUGCACCCCCUGUUCAAGAGACAGGAAGGUGACACGAUGGCAGACCUGUCUGCUCCCUGCUGUUCUCGUGAGCCUGCUUGGGGCUCCAGCUGGAAUGGACGAGCACAGUUCAAGAUCCUAGUCCUGGCUAACAGCUGGUAGUUUUCUUUUAUUCUAAACUAACCUGCAUUGUAGGCGGUAAAGUUAAAGAAAGAACAAAUUGCAAUAAAGCUUUUGCUGAUGCUUUCCUCUGAGGCAUCUAACAUUUACACCCAUUUAGACAUCUGGGUAUUUUACUGGGGUAAAAGUACUUUGCUCAGGGGUGCUACAGCAGUGUCACUCCUGGGAUUUGAAUAUUCAAUGAUCAAGUUACAGACCAACACCAUAAACUACUCCACACUGUUGCCGUAAAAAGAACUAUGUUUUGAAGCUCCGUUCAGGACUUCAGACUUUAUAUCCCUCCAACAAGUGAUUCCUGAUUCCCUGUUGCUCCUGCAACAGCUGUUAACCAGUUGAAUUGCCAGUAGUUAUCUGCUUCAAAAGAAGGAAGGAGAAAGAGAAAAUCUUAACAGGGGAAUAGGACUUUAUACGGGAGGAGGAGGCUUAAAACUCGGUUUUAUUUUUAAUUAUUUUUUUCAAAUGCUUAUCUCGAUGCUCUAAUGCGCGGCACCCGGUAUCACAGUGGUUUCCACACUGGGGAAAAAGCUCUUUGAAUAAGAGCCUCGGUGUAACCUUCCUUGGUUAUAUUUACGGAGCGCUCGUCUGCGAACAAUUACGGUACUCCGGGCGGGCUCUCUCCUCCUCCUUCUGCCCAGGUGAGGUGGGGCACUGGCCGGGGUUACAGCACUGCGCGCCGGGAAAGCUCGGGUAGGAGAACUGUUCCUGUGGGAGAAAAAAGGAGAAAAAGCACAGAAAAGCCAGGACGAAGACAUCAGAAUUCAUGGUACCGCACUUGGUUCGCACAAUACUGACAUUUCGGGUUUGUUGGGAUACACUCUUGAAGACUGGACCCUUUACCGAAAACACGCUUUUAAGAAAAAAAAAAACUCUCUCUCACGGCUGUAUUUAUAGAGCGAUAGUCCUCAAGGAAAGUUUUUACUUUCACUUAAACGUCCCUUGGCAGAAUUGAGCCGGGUUUUUUUUUUUAAAUUUUUGCGGAUUUUUAAUCAGUUCGCGAACAGCACGAUGAGUACAGACUUCUGUUUACGAUUCCUGUGAAUACCGGACAAGACAUAGCUAGCAAUAUUCAUUUUUUCGCGGGCACUGAGGAAUUCUAUAGGCAUUUUUUAAACACUUUUCUCUCGUAAUUCGGGGCCCCCAACCUUUAAAGCGGAAUAUUCGAGCGGAUUCCUGAAGGACGGACCAUGGCCGAGCACGAGAGUCUGGAGUUCGGGAAGGCGGACUUCUUGCUGCUGGACAGCGUGUCUCUGGAGGAGUUCAUGGCCAACCUGAAACACAGGUUCGAGAAAGGGCGGAUCUACACCUACAUCGGGGAGGUGGUGGUGUCGGUGAACCCGUACCGCCCCAUGAACAUCUACGGGCGCGACACCAUCGAGCAGUACAAGGGCCGAGAGCUGUACGAACGGCCCCCGCACCUCUUCGCCAUCGCUGACGCCGCCUACAAAGCCAUGAAGAGGAGGAACAAGGACACCUGCAUCGUCAUCUCAGGGGAGAGUGGCGCGGGGAAGACAGAGGCCAGUAAAUACAUCAUGCAGUACAUCGCGGCCAUCACCAACCCCAGUCAGAGGGCAGAGGUCGAGAGGGUGAAGAACAUGUUGCUGAAAUCCAACUGUGUCCUGGAAGCGUUUGGGAACGCCAAGACUAACCGCAACGACAACUCCAGCCGCUUCGGGAAGUACAUGGACAUCAACUUCGACUUCAAGGGCGACCCCAUCGGGGGCCACAUCAACAACUACCUGCUGGAAAAGUCUCGAGUCAUCUUCCAGCAGUCCGGAGAAAGAAGCUUCCACUCUUUCUACCAGCUGGUGAAGGGGGGUCCGGAGCAGCUCCUGCGAUCGCUGCACAUCCAGAAGGACCCCAGCGCCUACAUCUACAUCAAAGUUGGCGGACAGGUCAAGUCGUCUAUCAAUGACAGCGCUGACUUCAAGGCUGUGGCGGAGGCCAUGAAGGUGAUUGGCUUCACCCAAGAGGAGAUCCAGACAGUCUACAAGAUUCUGGCCACCAUCCUACACCUGGGCAACUUGAAAUUUGGCAGCGAUGGGGACGUGACGCUGAUCGAAAACAGCAAGCUGGUGUCGGUGCUGGGGGACCUGCUGUCCACCAAGCAGGAGAACGUGGAGAAGGCCCUGCUGUACCGCACGGUGUCCACGGGCCGAGACGUCAUCGACAAGCAGCACACCGCGCAGGAGGCCAGCUACGGCCGAGAUGCCCUGGCCAAGGCCAUUUACGAGCGCCUCUUCUGUUGGAUUGUGGGAAGGAUCAACGAUAUCAUUGAGGUGAAGAAUUAUGAUGCCAAAGUUCACGGCAAGAAUACGGUCAUCGGAGUGCUGGACAUUUAUGGAUUUGAGAUUUUCCAGAACAACAGCUUCGAGCAGUUCUGCAUUAAUUACUGUAACGAGAAGCUGCAGCAGCUCUUCAUCCAGCUGGUGUUGAAGCAGGAGCAGGAGGAAUACCAACGAGAGGGCAUCCCCUGGAAACAUAUCGAUUACUUCAACAACCAGAUCAUCGUGGACCUGGUGGAGCAGCAGCACAAGGGCAUCUUCUCCGUGCUGGACGAGGCCUGCAUGAACGUGGGCAAGGUGACGGACGAGAUGUUCCUGCAGGCGCUCAACAACAAGCUGGCUAAGCACGCUCACUACACCAGCCGCAAGCUCUCGCCCACGGAUAAGAGCCUGGAGUUUGACAGGGAUUUCCGCAUCAGGCACUAUGCAGGCAACGUGGUGUACUCAGUGGUGGGUUUCAUUGACAAGAACAAGGACACACUGUUCCAGGACUUCAAGCGGCUGCUGUACAACAGCUCUAACCCGGUGCUGAAGUCCAUGUGGCCGGAGGGGAAGCUCAGCAUCACGGAGGUGACGAAGCGUCCUCUGACAGCCGCCACCCUCUUCAAGAACUCGAUGAUCUCAUUGGUGGAUAAUCUGGCUUCCAAGGAGCCCUACUACGUGCGCUGCAUCAAGCCCAACGACUUGAAAUCCCCCCUGCUGUUCGAGGACGAGCGCUGCCGGCACCAGGUGGAGUAUCUGGGCCUGCUGGAGAACGUGAGGGUGAGGCGGGCCGGGUUCGCCUACAGACAGACCUACCCACGCUUCCUCCAGAGGUACAAGAUGAUCUCCGAGUUCACCUGGCCCAAUCACGACCUGCCGUCAGACCGCGAGGCCGUGAAGAAGCUGGUGCAGGGCUGCGGGUUCGAGCACGACGUGGCCUACGGCAAGACCAAGGUGUUUGUGCGUACGCCCCGCACCCUCUUCACUCUGGAGGAGCGGCGGGCGGACAUGGUCGCCAGAAUCGUGCUCUUCCUGCAAAAGGUGUGGCGGGGCACAGUGGCCAGGAUGCGGUACCGCCGCAUGCGGGCGGCCCUCACCAUUAUCCGCGCCUACCGCCGCUACAAGGUCAAGUCCUACAUCCGCGAGGUCGCCCGCCGCUUCCAGAACGUCCGCCGCAUGAAGGAUCAUGGGAAGCACGUCAAGUGGCCCGUACCGCCCAAGGUCUUGCGCAAGUUUGAGGAGGCACUGCAAAACAUCCACAAGAGAUGGUGGGCGUGGACCCUGAUCAAAACGAUCCCACCUGAGGAUCUCCCACAGGUGAGGGCCAAGGUUGCAGCCCUGGAGCUACUGAAGGGUCAGAGGGUAGACCUGGGCCUGCAGAGAGCCUGGGAGGGCAACUACCUGAGGCGGGACAGCCCAGAGACGGUGUCCUCCUUCACCCUUGUGUCCAGUGAGCUGCAGCGCAAGGACAAGUUCAUGCAGGUCCUCUUCUCCUGCCAUGUGCGCAAGAUCAACCGUUUCCACAAGGCAGAGGACCGGGCAGUGAUGAUCACCGACCGACACCUUUACAAGAUGGACCCUGUGAAACAGUACAAGCCCAUGAAGAGCAUCCCACUGUAUAACGUGACGGGCGUCAGCGUGUCUCCGGGGAAGGACCAGCUGGUGGUGUUCCACACCAAGGACAGCCGAGACCUCAUUGUGUGCCUGCAGGGCAUGGUGCCCGCGGGGGAGAGCCGCAUCGCAGAGCUGGUGGGCACCUUGGUCAGCCACUUCAAAAGUGAGAAGCGGAAGCUACAGGUGAGCAUCGCCAGCCCCAUCCAGUGCAGCAUGCAUGGCAGGAAGUGCACUGUCGUCGUGGAGACGAAGAUCAACCAAUCGCACCCGGACUUCGCGAAGAGCCGCUCCGGCUACAUCCUGUCCGUUCCUGCCAACUGAAGGAGCUGGAGGGCGUUGCCAAGACGACGAGGGAGGGGUCUGUGAAUUCCGGACAGUUUUUAGAGCAGAGCGCCACCCUCAGAUUUCUGGGUACCCUGUGGGUAACCCCUUCAGAAAGUAUCAUGGCAUUUUAGAUAGCCAUUUUAUAAAGAAUAUUAUUAGUUAAAUGAA